GAAGGUUUCACUGGAGAUUUCUGCGAGAGGAGUGCCGAAAUAUGUAACCCAUCACCAUGCAAUGCUGUUGGAACACUCCGUUGUGAAGACGUGAGCCGAGACUCCAAUUUACGAUACAGAUGUGUUUGUCGAUCCGGAUAUACAGGCGAAAAAUGCCAAGAAGAUGUUGAUGAAUGUGCCUCAAAUCCAUGCAUCAAUGGAGGUGUGUGUAAUAAUCAGUUGAAUUCUUUCUCGUGUAAUUGUCCAUCUGGCUACAGCGGAGUUUUCUGUGAAGUGCGUCAGGAUACUUGUACAUCUAACAAUUGUCGGAGGUCAGACAAUGGGGCAUCUUGCGUUGAUGAUUAUCAAGCAAAUAAACAUAUGUGCAUUUGUAAUUCAGAAUAUACCUAUGAUGCUGAGGGAAGUUAUGCUCAGUACCAGAUACAGCUAAACAGAGCACCCACAAAUCUUCAGGACUUUACUGCUGUAAGUGAUGUGGACACUGCAGCAGAAUGUAGGAUAAGAUGCACUAGCAUUACAACUCGCUGCAACCUGUUUGCAUUUGAUUGGAAUACCAACAAAUGUUACAUUUGGAGCUCUGACACAUCCCUAACAUUUGGCACCAAUUCAAAUGUGCAUCUGUACACAAAAUAUGUCAUCAACCCAACUGAUGACUUCUAUACACCAAGAUAUAGUCUGAAAAUACCUACUCCUUCAUCCCCUGCUGACUCUGAAACCCUGGCAACUCUGAAUGAUUACGGACUAGAUAUUUGUGGAGGCACUGAACCUUUAUAUACGAGAUGUUGCCGAGUUGGAGCUACAUGCUUGGAUAAUAGAAACUUACCAGGCGGUCUUACAUGCAACCAGGAACUAAAAACACUCUCGUAUCCGUUUGCAAAUCAAGAUUAUGAUAUUCAGUUUAAGUGUUCUGUGAGCAGAGUAUUCAGGUCUUUCACUUGUAAACAGAAGACCGAUUACUGUGCUUCACUUACCCCGUGCCAGCAUGGUGCGGCAUGUUCCGACAUGUUCGGUGGGUAUCGAUGCAGUUGUACAACCGGUUACACGGGCAAAAAUUGUCAGACCAAUAUUAACUCAUGCGCAACUAACCCAUGUAUAAAUGGUGGAACAUGUGUGGAUCAAAUUAUUGGCUAUGAGUGCCAAUGUACCGAAUUCUAUGAAGGAACAAACUGUGCCAGUCCGAAAGCUUUCUGUAAUGUUAACAGUUGCAGCCAACAUGGAUCUUGCACCAAUGUCCCUGGAUCUGGCUACAGAUGUACAUGUAACCGUGGAUACGAGGGAACAGAUUGUGAG